GAAGCGGGGUGAAAGGGCGAAUUAGCUAAGCAGUGGGGGAGAUAUUUACGAUUCCUGCUUUUUCCGGAUGAGUUUUGUCACUCUAUGCAAUUUUAGUUUUGAAUUAUAAGAAAAUACGCUUUACACAGCCAUGCGGCGAAAUAAGGCCGAAGUGGACGAAUAUAUUUAUUCAGUAGAGAGUUCCUCUCCUUCACUCAAAGAGAAACCAAUUAAAGGAUUUUUAUUUGCUAAAUUAUACUUCGAAGCUAAGGAGUAUGAACUUGCUAAAAGACAUGUAUCAGCAUAUCUGAAGGUGGCGGAAAGAGACCCCAAAGCACACAAGUUCCUGGGCAAACUUUAUGAGAGGGAAGGAGAUAUCAACAAGGCCAUAGGAUGUUACAAGCGGUCUGUGGACCUGAACCCAGCCCAGAGGGACCUGGUUUUGAAGGUGGCUGAGCUGCUGGUCAGUAAGACCGAGAGAGACAACAGAGCAGAGUUCUGGGUGGAGAAAGCUGCCAAGCUGCUGCCUGGACACCUUGCUGUCUUCAACCUCAAGGAGCACCUACUGAAUCAACAGGGCCAACAGGGGUGGAACCAGUUGUUUGACCUACUGCAGGCAGAGCUGGCUGUGAGGCCUGGUGAUGCCCAUAUCAACAUCAAGCUGGUUCAGUUGUUCUCCUCCGAUGGCAGGCUGGAGGAGGCUGUCAAACACUGUCUGGCCACAGAGAAGAGAGGCCUGCUUAGAUCCAGCUUGGACUGGUACUCUACUGUAGUACACACUCUGCAGGAAUCCCUAGCCCAGCCCAGUGUUUCGUCCAAUGAGAAGAGGCAACAUCGGCAGAGAGAGCUACUUUUGGCACACUGCAGCCUGCUGAGACUGACUCUGCAGGGGAAAGGACUGCAGCCUAGCAUCCAGGCCCUCUGGAGUUUUGACUGUGCGAUGCAGGGCCUGAAGAGGGCAGAGGGCAGUGUAACAGAUGAUCUGUCUGAGGUCUAUGUGGAGAUGAGGGGACAUCUGUACCUGCAUGCUGGCACUCUGCUGCUGAAGAUGGCUCAGGAGAGAGAACAGCAGUGGCGGGCUGUCAUUGAUCUGGCUGCUCUCUGCUAUCUGCUGGCCUACCAGGUCCCCAGGCCAAAGAGCAAGGUGUCUAAACGGGACCAGUCUCCUCCUCAGCCUCUGGAGCUGCUGGCUAGUGACAGAAAGAGCCAGGCUGGACACAUGCUGCUCAACCUCAAGCCCGAGACACACACCUUUGUCAGAGAGGUGGUGGAGGCGUUUGGGAACCGUAGUGGUCAGGGCGCUUUGUUUGAGUUUUUGUUUGGGCCUCUGGCUCCGGUCGGGUCUUCCUUCAUUGGCAACGAUGACAUCCGCUCCAUCAACACACAGGCUCCAGAGAUAUCUGACCUUACCAAAUGGGAUAACGGCUCCAUCCAGCUCCAUGGUGGGGACCUCCAGCAGCUGUGUUGGCUGGGCCUCCAAUGGUCUCUCUUGGCCCAGAGGCCUUCUCUGAGGGACUGGCUCAAACAGCUGUUCCCCAGGCUCAACCUGGAGACCUCCAAACUGGACACCAACACACCAGAGUCCAUCUGCCUGCUAGACCUGGAGGUGUUCCUGUGUGGGGUGGUGUGGUGCAGUCACACCCAGCUCCAGGAGAGGGCCAGGAUCACUUCUACUGGUCAACAUGAGCCCCGCUGCCUGCCCCUGCCCCUCCUCCACCACCUCUUUACAGACAGACAGAGGGACUGGUGGGACGCAGUCUACAGGCUCAUUCACAAACGAGCUGCGCCGGGCAUGUCAGCCAAACUGAGGAUGACGGUUCAACAUGGACUAAGCACCUUGCGAGCCGGGGAGAAACAUGGCCUUCAACCAGCCCUGCCCAUACACUGGGCCCAGCACCUCAGCUCAGCGGGGUUUGGUGUGAACUCAUACUACGACCACGAAUACAUAAGGCGGAGUGUCCACUACUGGAACGUGGUGCUCCCCCUGCUGGACAAGAUCAAGAGGAGACGUGGCAUCCCUGGACCCCUGGACCCCCUGUUCAUACACUUCCCCUCUAGAGACAUAGAGAUCCCAUCAGUGAAGGGCUUUGAGGAGGAGGCCAAGAUAGCAUUUGCGACCCUCCUGGACAUCGAGGGGAAGACAGAGGAGGCUAUCGCUACCCUGGAGACCAUCAACAACAUCUCGUCUAACUGGCACCUAGCUAGGAUCUUCCAGCGUCUGUCUGAGGAGGCCGGUAGCGGGGUGGAGGAGACACAGGACAGGUGCAUCAUGUUCCUCAGGAAGUUCAGAACUUACCUGUCCAAGAUCUACAACGCCAACGCUGACGACAUGGAUAAGCUGCCCGUUUCGAUGGAGGAGGUGAUGGAUCUCCUGAACGAUGUGAAACAGCAGCUGGAGGAGAGUGGAGAAGCCAUGGAUGAAGAGGACGACGGCAGACCGGUCCACUCCAGCCUUCAGUUUACUAAGCCUGCUGCUUCAAUCUCUUGUGUCAAAUUCGCCCCAUUAACCCCCUCCCCCAGCAAGAGCUUGGCCUCUCCCUCCAAAAGACACCUGAUUUCCCCAAAGACGCCACCUCAUUGGGCGGAGGACCAGAAGUCCCUCCUGCAGAUGCUCUGCCAGCAGGUGGAGAGCCUCAAGAAUGAGGUCCAUGACCUGAGGCAUCACUCGUCAGACAGCAUGGCGUCACCCCACCAAAGAAUGUAUGGAGAUGGGUACGGGUCUGAGAGCAUGCAGGAGGGAUACCCCCCAGCACAGACCUUCCAUGGAGCACCCCUCACUGUUGCCACCACACAGGCACCCUCUAUGUAUUACAAUCAAUCCCCUGCUUAUAAUGCCGGACAGUAUCUCCUUCGUACGGCAGCCAAUGUUACUCCAACAAAGGCUCCUGUGUAUGGAAUCAACCGCCUGCCACCCCAGCAGCACAUGUAUGCCUACCAGCAGCCCACAAACACACCUCCCCUACAGUCAACACCAGCCUGCAUCUACCCUUCUCAAGAUCAGGUCUUCGGCGCCCCUCUCCGCUUCGAGUCACCAGCAACCAGUCUACUCUCCCCAUACAGUGAGGAAUACUACGGCCACUCUCAGCCAACCACCAACCCUCCCCUCCCAGAGCCUGGCUACUUCACCAAGCCCUCCAUUGUACCUGUUCAACCACCAAAGAGCAUUGAGGGGAAGCCUGUGGGCUUUGGGAAAAUCUCUUUUGGCCAGCCGAUCCAUGCUGAGCCUCCUAAGUUGCCUAGCUUUGGUGCUGGAAUAGUCGCCCAGUCCACUCCAUCCGCUGCCUUUAAAUUCAACUCCAACUUUAAAUCCAAUGACGGGGACUUCACCUUCAAGUCCAAAAACAAUGAGAGCCUGUUGGGUCUUCUGACGUCAGACAUUCCCACCAAAUCUGAGGGUCCCUCAGAGGGGAAGCCCCAAGAGCCUCCUAGUCAGGGAGGGAUUUUUACCUUUGGCCCUAAAAGUGCAUCUGAGUUCUCUUUUGCUGACACAAUCCAGAUCCAGGACAAACCAAACCUGUUUGGAAAAUUUGACCAGCCAUUUAGUUUCACUGAUGUAACCACGCCGGUAUUUGGGCUGGCAAACACAGCAGAGGAGGAGAAGGGAGCCGAGAGCAAUAACGACAGCACUCAUGUGGAGGAAGACGAGGAUGGGCCUCACUUUGAGCCUAUUGUGCCCCUCCCUGACAAAGUAGACGUGAAGACUGGAGAGGAGGAAGAGGAGGAGAUGUUCUGUAACAGGGCCAAGCUGUUCAGAUUCGAUGCGGAGACAAAAGAGUGGAAAGAGAGAGGUAUCGGCUUAGUCAAAAUCCUAAAGCACAAUACAUCAGGGAAAGUGCGUCUACUGAUGAGGAGGGAGCAGGUUCUGAAGAUCUGCGCUAACCACUACAUCACGCCAGAUAUGCUCCUGAAACCAAAUGCUGGAUCUGACAAGUCCUGGGUCUGGAAUGCCGUUGAUUAUGCGGAUGAGGAACCAAGGCCUGAGCAACUGGCCAUCCGGUACAAAACGGAAGACGAGGCAUUGCUCUUCAAGACAAAGUUUGAAGAGGCUCAGAAGAUCGUUCCCAAAUCUCCAGAAAUGCAGCAAGAUCAGUCAUAUAGGAAAAAUAAUUUUCCUAAACUCUCUGCUCCAUUGGCGACAAACUUUGCUGCCCAGUUUGCAAAGAAGUACGGGGAGUGGGACUGCGAUGUGUGCUGUGUCAGAAAUGCAGCUAAAGUUAUGCAGUGUGUUGCCUGCCAGACUGCCAACCCUAAUGCCCCAUCAAAGCUGGACAGCGCACCGGCUACUGACAUCAAAGGCUUUACUAGUGGGGCAGCUUCAGUGGGAGGAUUUACUUUUGGAUUUGGAGCUGACUCGUCAAAAGACACCAGCAGCGCAGGAUCUAUUGGAAAAGGAUUUGGGUCUUUUGGAGCUCAGAUACCCUCCUCCUUUACAUUUGGAACCAGUGGCACCACUUAUAUACCUCCUGCUGGUUUUGGUGCCCAGUUUGGAAAGAGGCAAGAAACCACAAAAGUUGCAGCAGAAUCAAAGCCCUCAACCAUGCCAUUUGGCUCUGGAUUUGGUGUGCAGUUCGGCAUAAAACCAGGGCAGUGGGACUGCGAUACAUGCACUUUAAGAAAUGAGGCAUUUGCAAACAGUUGUCUCUCUUGUCAAACUCCUAACCCUUCAGGAAAACCUGCUGUUGGUGCCCCAGCUUUGGCAACCCUCUCAAUUGGGUCUGGUUUUGGUGCACAGUUUGGCAAAAAACCAGGGCAGUGGGAGUGCGACACGUGCCUUGUUAGAAAUGAGGAGUCUGCGAGCAGUUGUGUUUCUUGUCAAACUCCAAACCCUGUAGCCAAAACAGAUGUAGAUGGAGCAGCAGAAUCAAAGUCCUCAACCAUGCCAUUUGGUGCCCCGGCUUUGGCAACCCUCUCAACUGGGUCUGGAUUUGGUCCCCAAUUCAGCAAAAAGCUAGGGCAAUGGGACUGUGAUACAUGCGUUGUAAGAAAUGAGGCUUCUUCAAGCAGUUGUGUUUCUUGUCAAACUCCUAACCCUUCAGCAAAAUCAACAGUAGAGGUAGCACCAACAACAGAGCCAACAGUGUCAGACUUUGGUGCUGCUUUUUCAAGGAAGGAUGGACAAUGGGACUGUGACACCUGUCUCGUGAGGAAUGAUCCAUCUGUCUCUAAGUGUGUUUCCUGCCAGACACCCAACCCCAAUGCUAGCAGCUCCUCUCUUAAGGCCAUGUUUGCCAGGCAGGAGGGACAGUGGGACUGUGACACAUGUCUAGUCAGAAACAACGACUCUGCUAGUCAAUGUGUCUCUUGUCAGAUGCCCAAUCCCAAUGUUAAGAGCAUAGCCACAGCCGCCACUUCCAGCUCAUCCUUCAGCUUUAACUUCGGGAGUCGGACUGCCUCUACUCAACCCACAGGCACUGGGUUUAAAGCGAACUUCAACGGUGACAGCUCUUUGCAGUUUGGCACAGGCAAAGUUGAUAAAAGUUCCUCUGCAUCCUUCAAGUUUGAGACCCCUCCUCAGGAUGAAAGCAGUACCCCCAGUGCUGCAGGCUUCUCUUUCACCAUGCCCAUCCCAGCAGGUGGCUUUAAGUUUGGUACUCUGGAAACUGCAAAGGAAACCCUACCAGCUGAAACUCAGACUCCUGCUUCAGGGUCUGCGUCAAUGUUCCUGAAGAAUAUUGCAGAGCAGCACAGAGAGAAGGAAUCUGGUGUCAGUGUAUAUGCAUCAGUGCUGUCAGUGGACAAGACGGGUCAGGAUGAAAAUCCCCUCUUCAUUGGCAAACCCAACGACUUCAGUUUUGCAGACUUGGCUAAAAACUCACAAGGAGACUUCCAGUUUGGUCAGACUGACUCCAAUUUCAAAGGCUUCACCCGCGCUGGUGAGCAGCUGUUUACAUCCCUUCAGUCAAACCAGAGGGCAGACACCUCAGCUGACCAGGAUGAAGAGGGCAUAUACAAGACAGAGGAUAAUGACGAUAUCCAGUUUGAGCCUGUGGUCCAGAUGCCAGAGAAAGUGGACCUGGUCACAGGAGAAGAGGACGAACAUGCCCUCUACUCCCAGAGAGUGAAGCUCUUCAGGUUUGAUGGAGACAUCAACCAGUGGAAGGAGAGGGGCGUUGGGGUCCUCAAGUUCCUGAAGAACGCCACCAAUGGCAGGCUCAGGGUGCUGAUGAGGAGAGAGCAGGUCCUGAAGGUGUGUGCCAACCACUGGAUCACCACCACCAUGAACCUGAAGCCCUUAGCUGGCUCCGACAAGGCCUGGAUGUGGCUGGCUAAUGACUUCUCUGAUGGAGAUGCCAGACUGGAGCAACUUGCUGCCAAGUUUAAAACCCCUGAGCUGGCUGAGGAGUUCAAGCUGAAGUUUGAGGAGUGUCAGAGGCUCCUGUUAGACAUCCCACUGCAGACUCCUCACAAGCUUGUUGACACAGGCAGAACUGCACAUCUCAUCCAGAAGGCAGAGGAGAUGAAGUCCGGCCUGAAAGAUCUUAAAUCUUUCCUGACCGAUGACAAAACCAAGAUCAAGGAGGACGACAGCGAUGCUACCACCACGACAGCCAGUAACACCUCUGGUCUGACUAUCAAGCCCCACGCAGAGAACACUGGCCCUACCUUAGAAUGGGACAACUAUGACCUGAGAGAGGAGGCUCUGGACGACAGUGCUGACACCUCUGUCUACGCCUUACCCCUGGCAAGCAGCCCUAUCAGGAAGAACCUCUUCUGCUUUGGAGAAUCCACAGAGGGCUUCAACUUCAGCUUCCAGCCUGUCGUCAGUCCCGCCAAGUCGCUGGCCAAGAUGAACCAGAGCGGGGUGUCUGCGGACGAGGAGCAGGACAUUAGCCAGGAGGAGGAGCGGGACGGCCUGUACUUUGAGCCUGUGGUUCCCCUGCCAGACCUGGUGGAGACCUCCACUGGAGAGGAGAAUGAAAACGUGUGUUUCAGCCACAGGGCAAAGCUGUAUCGCUAUGACAAAGACCUGAACCAGUGGAAGGAGAGGGGCAUCGGAGACCUCAAGAUACUGCAGAACUGCGAUACCAAACGAGUCAGACUCAUCAUGAGGAGAGACCAAGUCCUGAAAAUCUGCGCCAACCAUUGGGUCACAUCUUCUAUGAAGUUGGAGCCCAUGAAGGGUGCUGAGAAGGCCUGGGUCUGGAGCGCUAUUGACUUUGCCGAGGUAACUAAGGGAAAUGUUGAGCAGUUAGCUGUGAGAUUCAAACUGAAGGAUGUGGCUAACUCCUUCAGAGAUAUAUUUGACCAGGCUAAAACUGCCCAAGAGAAUGAGAUUCUGGUCACUCCAAUCACCUCCAGUGAGACCCUUACUCAGGAGGAAGCAAUAGCGACGGGGACAACCGUGUGUGGACAAGCUGCUGUGGCCAUCCUGGAGGAGACCACCACAGAACGGACGGAGCUGUAUCAUGAGACUUUACACACCCCUGACUGUAAGUCCUCCACCGGUACUCCACAUAGCCCUCUCAACCUCUCCAGGAUGGUGAUGUCCCCACCCAAGUUCCUCUUUGGAACAGACUCUCUCCAAAGGUUUUUCGGCAGCAGCCCACCGUCAUCCAAGGAGGAGAGUUCUCCAGAGAGCUCCAAGGUUAAAGACAGCGGUCGGACCUCCCAGCCUUUAACUGCAUUCAAAAUCUCAGAAAAAGCACCUUCCCAUGGGGAGGCCGACAGUGAGGUGGAAGUGGUGUAUGUGAGGCAGCCAACAGUUGAGCAGGCUCUUCUGGCUAGGGAACUCCUGCUGCCUCUCACCUUCUUCUGCUACCAGAACGAACCAGGAUAUACCAGCGACGACCAGACUGAUGAUGAGGACUUUGAGACAGCAGUUAAAGCCCUGAAUGGAAAACUGUACCGGGAUCCUCCUGAGAGAGAGGCUGCAAGUGCAGGUUCUGCAGGCCAGGUCGAGGCAGGUGUUGAAGGUCUGGACCCGGAGGUUGAGGUUUUAUGGGAGAAGAGGCCAACUCCAGAGGAGGAACAGAAAGCCAGGAACCUGCAGCUGCCUUCAACCUUCUUCUGUGGUGUAGGUAGCGACAGCGAGGCAGAGAAGGACAAGCCAGAGGACUUUGAGACAGAGUUCUGUAAAGCACAGGAGGCUCUGGAUGCUGAGAGAAGCUCAGACCCUGUUUCAUCUGAGGAUGUGUCCUCCAGCACCUGCGAUACAGUGCCAGAACAACAGGUCCCAGACCAGUACCCCAGCAGCCAGGAACAGGUUUCAGAUCAGUCUGGGGCAGAAGUACAGUCCACUACAGCAGAAGAACAGGUCUCAGAUCAGUCCUUAACCAUACAGGAGGCUGAAAUCCCAACCCCAGGUAGCCAGGAACAAGCCACAGAACAGUCGGUUAACAUCCAGGAGACAGAAGUCCAGUCCUCUACAGCAGAAGAACAUGUCCCAGAUCAGUCCUUAACCGUUCAGAAGGCUGAAAUCCCAACCCCAGGUAGCCAGGAACAGGCCACAGAUCAGCCGGUUCCCAUCCAAGAGACAGAAGUCCAGUCCUCUACAGCAGAAGAACAUGUCCCAGAUCAGUCCUUAACCAUUCAGGAGGCUGAAAUCCCAACCCCAGGUAGCCAGGAACAGGCCACAGAACAGUCAGUUACCAUCCAGGAUGCAGACAUCCAAUCUUCUACAGCAGAGGAACAGGUCCCAGUUCAAUCAGUAACCAUCCAGGAGGCAGAUGUCCAGUCCUCUACAGCAGAAGAGCAGGUCUCAGUUCAGUCAUUAACCAUUCAGGAGGCAGAGGUCCAGUCCACCACAAAGGAGCAGCAGACUCCAGAUCAGUCAGACUCCACUUCAACACCAUCGCAGACUGCCGUCUCCCGCAGCAGGGAGCAGGCUACCACUCCAAACCCUUCAGAAAAACCUGCUGCUAGUGCCCCAGCUUUGGUAACCCCCUCAUUUGGUUUUGGAUUUGGUGCACAGUUUGGCAAAAAGCCAGGGCAGUGGGAGUGUGACAUGUGUCUUGUUAGAAAUGAGGAGUCUGCAAGCAGUUGUGUUUCUUGUCAAACUCUAAACCCUGCUGCCAGCAGCGAGGAGCAGGCUCCAGAUCAGUCAGACUCUACUCCUGCAGCUACCAGCAGCAGCCCUAUAGACCUGUCUGCCAAGAAUACCUCUGAGCCUGACUCCAAUACUACAUUUACUACAACCACUACUCAGGAUGCUCCUAACUCAUUUGGCUCAUUGGGCUUCAGUGCUCUAGGAGGGGAAGGGUUCUCCUUUGCUGAUCUGGCACAGAACACUGGGGGGGAAUUUGCCUUUGGAAAACAAGAUUCCAACUUCUCGUGGGCUAACGCCGGGGCUGCGUUGUUUGGAGCUGCAGACCCAGCCAAAGCUGAGGGAGGGGAGGAGGAGUGUGAUGAAGGGGACACUAAUAAUGUGGGCAUUGACUUUGAACCCAUAGUCUCUCUACCAGAGGUGGAGACUAAGUCAGGGGAGGAGGAUGAGGAGAUCCUGUUUAAGGAGCGUACCAAGCUGUACCGCUGGGAGAGAGACCUGGGCCAGUGGAAGGAGAGGGGUGUGGGAGACAUCAAGAUCCUCUUCCACCCCGAUAAGAGGUUCUACCGGGUGCUGAUGAGGAGGGAGCAGGUGCUGAAGGUCUGUGCCAAUCACACCAUCUGUCAGAGCAUGGAGCUCAAACCCAUGAACACCUCUAACCAAGCCCUAGUCUGGACAGCUACUGACUUUUCAGAGGGUGAGGGUAAGGUGGAACAGUUGGCAGCCAAGUUUAAGACAGCGGAGCUGGCCGAGAGUUUCAGGAAGACCUUCUGUGAGUGUCAGAGUCGAAUGAGCCAAUCCGAGGCCUCCACCCUCUCCUCCCCCCAGCUGUCCAGGGUACAGGAACAUUCUAGAGACACCAAUCCCCAGGUGUACCUCUCUAUCUCUGCUGACGACGAGCCCCUGGGAACGGUCACCAUAGAACUGUUCUCUCACAUCGUCCCCAAGACAGCUGAGAACUUCAGAGCGCUGUGUACAGGACAGAAAGGCUUCGGGCUGCGCAACACUGUCUUCCACAGGGUCGUACCCGACUUCAUGUGUCAGGGUGGAGACAUCACCAACCAGGAUGGGACAGGAGGGAAAUCCAUCUACGGGCACAAGUUUGAGGAUGAGAAUUUUGAUGUGCGCCACACAGGCCCGGGGCUGCUGUCCAUGGCCAACCACGGCCGAGACACCAACAACUCCCAGUUCUUCAUCACAUUGAAGAAGGCUGAGCACUUGGACUUCAAACACGUGGCCUUUGGCUUCGUCAGAGAGGGCAUGGAUGUGGUUCGCAGCAUGGGAGAGCUGGGCACCAAGACUGGCAAACCCAGCAAGAAGAUUGUCAUCACCGAAUGUGGACAACUGUAGAGCUUCGUUCUGUUCACUGACUGUUGACAACUCAACUGUAGGGUUGAGAUCUGGUCAUUGACUGGACGUCUAUCGGCCUUCGCUCUGGCCAUGGACUGGACAGUGAUAGGCUUUCAAACUGUGGAGUGUACAACUAUAGUAGGAACAUCUCAAAUGAGACCCUAUACCUCAUGUAAUGUAAAACAUGUUUUGUUUUUUUGCAGAGCCCAUGUGGAGUGCACUAAGGGUUCUGGUAGUGUACUACAGGGGAAAUAGGGUGUCAUUUGAGACCGAGAUGGUCUCCUUUUCAUAAGUGUUGCCCCACCCUGAGGGCAGCAUGUGACUGCGUGAAUCUCCAGACUUUAUUUUUGUGUAUAAUGUACAUUAAAUUAUUUUCAUGCGUUCUAUUAAAAGUUGAAAACACUGGUUCCUUCAUAAGCUCCCUAACUUGAUUGUUUUGCAUAGUUAAGCCUUAAUUGAGAUUAACAAGAAACCUUGUUUAAAAACCAACCUCAGUUCAAAAUGAACUAUGUUCCUCUCUCCUGCUCCCUGUGAAUACUUUUAGGUGUGGUGGUGUGUUUUUGUGUAUACAUUGAUUUCAUUAUGUGCAAAUCAUUGAGACGAACCUUGUUCAUCUUAAACUCCGAAAGUAGGAAUAUGAAGAACUAUAACCUGCUGUGUGACACUUUGGGAGAGGGAUGACAUAAUAUCUUGUGGUUGUGGAAGAACCUUCUAUGGUAUUCUGUUGACAAAUAUCACUUGGAGUUGAAACAAUUAUUAUUGUCAAUAUAUAAAUGAUGCUGGAGAAUGUCUUUAGAAAUAAAGUUGCUUUAUACUGAUAAUUAUGAGGAUUCCCUGUACGAUUUCAAACAUACACCACAUAACUAAAAGUAUGUGGACGCCUGCUCGUUGAACAUCUCAUUCCAAAAUCAUAGUCAUUAAUAUGGAGUUGGUCCCCCUUGCUGCUUUAACAGCCUCCACUCUUCUGGGAAGGCUUUCCACUAGAUGUUGCAACAUUGCUGCAGGGACUUGCUUCUAUUCAGCCACAAGAACAUUAGUGAGGUCUGGCACUGAUCUUGGGCGGUUAGCCCUGGCUCGCAGUCGACGUUCCAAUUCAUCCGAAAGGGGUUUGAUUUGGUUGAGGUCAGGGCUAUGUGCAGGCCAGUUAAGUUCUUCCAUACCGAUUGAGACAAACCCCCUCUGUAUGGACCUCGCUUUGUGCACAGGGUCAUUGUCAUGCUGAAACCGUAAAAGGCCUUCCCCAAACUGUUGGCACAAAGUUGGAAGCACAGAAUUGUCUAGAAUGUCAUUGUAUGAUGUAGCAUUAAGACUUACGGUCACUGGAACCAAGGGGCCUAUAGCCCAAACCAUGAACAACAGACCCAGACCACUAUUUUUUCCACUGCUCGGCUCAUUAAGAAGGAAAGAAAUUCCACAAAUUGACUUUUAAGAAGGCACACCUGUUAAUUGAAAUGCAUUCCAGGUGACUACCUCAUGUAGCUGGUUGAGAGAAUGCCAAGUCUGCAAAGCUGUCAUGAAGGCAAAUGGUGGGAACUUUGAAGAAUCUCAUAUCGAAUAUAUUUAGAUUUGCUUAACACCUUUUUGUUUACUGCAUGAUUCCAUGUGUUAUUUUGAUGCCUUCACCUUUAUCCUACUACGUAAAAAAUUAAGAAAAACCCUGGAAUGAGUAGGUUUGUCCAAACUUUUGACUGCUAGUCUAUAUUGUAUGUGUUUUAGCUAAGUGUACAAAAACUACAGACGUAUUGGUUUCAGGCUUUUCAUUAUCGACAGAAUGCACCUAAAAAGAUGACUGUGGGGCGUACUAGAAAUCAGGCUAACUUUGAUAAACAACCAUAACUAUUGCUUUUCUGGUUCACUAAGAAAGCAAAACGUAUGUGUUUGGUUGUUGAGUCAACGAACCCAUGCCCAAUUAAAACAAUUUAAAAUUAUUUCAGAAUAUUUAGGCAAAUCAUUUAUCCUGCUUUGUGGGACAAAUCUAGUUUCAUAGUGAAAUUAGUGGAGUUUGGAGUGUGACUGUUGGAGGUUGUGGACAGGUGUCUUUUAUACUGAUAACAAGUUCAAACAGGUGCCAUUAAUACAGGUAACGAGUGGAGGACAGCGGAGCUCUCACAGGUCUGUGUGAGCCAGAAAUCUUGCUUGUUUGUAGGUGACCAAAUACUUAUUUUCCACCAUAAUUUGCAAAUAAAUUCAUUAAAAAUC